CUCUUUUGUUCCAUUAUUAGCCAUUUCCUUUUCUAAAGAAAGAGACUUGAGAUAAAUCUCUGCAAGAAUAGUGGGAGAGAUUCACGCCUUCUCUGCAAAACAAAAAAAAAUCAAAUUUUUUACUAACUAAAGAAAUAAAAAUCUGAUCUUUUUUUUUUUUGUUUGUUUUGAAGUGUUUUCUCGUUCCCGCUUACUCCACCACCGUGAGACUUUGAGAGAGGCGUUUUUUUUUCUCACUUAAAUCACUUCCCGUAAUGAACAAACGCCGUGGAGUAACAACCGCCGUGGCGAAACGCCGUCCGGUGAUACACGUGUUACCAGAUGAGACGGCGAUACGAGUUGUCUGCCAUGCGUCAGUAAUCGGCGGCAUAAUCGGUCCGAACGGCUCCGUCGUAUCGAAACUCCGUCGUGAAACCGGUACUAAAAUCCACUGCGAGUCUCCGGUUAACGGCUCCGACCACUGGGUUGUCUUCAUCGUUGGUUCGACCGCCGUUAAUAAAAGCGUUCUCUUGACUGACAGAGUCGGAGAUUUCUCAGGCGGGGAACACGAAGAUUGGGUGACUUGUGAGGUCUCCGCUGCUCAGUCGGCGUUGAUUAGGGUUUUGGAGAGAUCUUGGGUUGUUUUAGCGGCUAAAGAUAGUGGCGGAGUUGUUGAUGGUGAGGAUGAAGAAGCUUGUUGUGGGAUUUUGGCUGAUCGGAAUCAGAUUGGUGCUGUUUUGGGUUUGGGUGGGAAGAAUGUUGAGUGGAUACGGAGACAGUCUGGUGCCAUGAUUAGGGUUUUGCCUCCUCCCAUUUGUGGUACUAACACUGAUGAACUCAUUCAGAUAACUGGAGAUGUCUUGGCUGUGAAGAAGGCAUUAGUUAUGGUAUCGACUUGUAUUCAAAAUUGUCCACCUCUCAACGGGUAUCCACCGCCGCUUUGCAGCAAAGCUUAUGAGUCGUCGUCUACUGAUGUAAACUCUGAUGAUCCACAUUCUGAGUUUUUCCCAAAUCUGCAUUCUUCGUUGCCUAAUGUUUCAGAGACCGCUGAAGGAGACAGACAUUUGCCUUCACUAUAUGAAGAAGAAGGAGACAGGUUUCAAGAUUCGGAAAAUACAGAACGAAAAGUUGUGUUCAAGAUGAUCUACACAAGUGUUGUAGUUGGAGGCAUUAUUGGGAAACAAGGAAGUAUUGUCAGAGCUCUGCAGAAUCAGUCAGGUGCUUCUAUUUUGGUUGGAGCUCCUUUAAAAGUAUCCGGUGAACGAGUUGUUACCAUUUCCGCACGUGAGAACCUUGAGUCACGGUACUCUCAUGCACAAAAUGCUCUGGCUCUUGUCUUUGCAAGAUCUGUUGAGAUUGAUGUUGAGAAAGGUCGGCGUCCUGGAUUGCACAAUGGUCCUUUGGUGAAAGCUAAGUUGUUGGUACCAUCACAGUUUGCUAAUAGCUUAAUCGAAAAUAGAAACAGAGAAGCAAUCGUAGCAACUGGUGCUCAUGUGCACAUUCCAGUAGGCGACCAGAUUUCAGAGGGGAUCUCAGAAAUUGAAGUGGUGAUUGAGAUUUGCGGAGAGUAUAGUCAUGUACAGAAGACCUUGACUCAAGUUUCUUCUAAAUUACGGGAAAAUCUAUUGCCAAAGAAGGUCCACGGAGAAAUGAGAGCUAGAGUUAGUAAAUCAUAUGAAAGUGCAGGAACAAACCAUAUACAUAAUCUGCAACCAUCACAACAAAUCGCAAGCAGAGGUGAUUCUCUCUCGGUAUCAGAUGGUGAACAAGACCUGAAGAUGGUCAGAAGCAGUGCAGGAGUAAUGAAACCAGUGGAUUCUUUAAAGCACACCAAGGUCCUUAAAGUUGUGGAUGACUUGACACAGGGAAUGAAACAGCUUCAAGUUUCUAGCAAUGGAGAUGUCUAUGAUUCACAACCACGCAGAAGUAAAGGUGUAUCUUUGAGAAAACUUACCUUGGAGUUGUUAGUCGAGAAAGAUGCUCUUGGUUCACUCUAUGGCAGAGAUGGCACCGGUCUGGAUAAUCUCUCACAGAUUUCAGGAGCCAAAGUAGAUGUGAAGGAUCCUAAAGGAGUUGAAGCGACAGUCUUAAUCAGUGGGAAUCCUGAGCAAACCCGCACAGCGAUGUCUUUGAUCGAUUCAAUCCUUGCUGAUCAAUGAGAUUGCCUUUAGAGGCUACUUUUGGGGUGUUUCGUUUUUGUCUUAGUUAACCACUAUAUAUGGUAAAACUCCACCCUUUUGUGACUCGUUUUCAAAACUAGCAGUUGUCAGAAGUUUAGAGUUACAUAACCUUGGAAUUUUUUUUGUCUUCGGUGAUGAAAAAGUUUUAAAGGUAAAUGUAACUCUCAAAUCAGAUAUAAAAAAUAGUAUCGUUCUCCUAA